UUACCGAAUUAUUUUGUUAUUCAUGGCUUCUAGAAUUUGUUGUUCCAAUAGUGACUGUUCUGCUUCAGCAUCGCUAAGGUGUCCAACUUGUAUACAACUCGAGAUAAACUCAGAGAAAAGCUAUUUUUGUUCACAAACGUGUUUCCGUUCAGCUUGGAAAGAGCACAAAGCGUUACACGUCAAAGGAAACAGUGAACGAAGCUCUCAAACCGUCGUUCGAAACUUGAAGCAUCACAAAGUGGGACAGAGUCGAUUUUCAAAUUUUCGUUACACUGGAAAACUAAGGCCUGGCGUAGUGAGUUCGAAACUUUCUGUCCCAGAUUAUAUUCCAAAACCUGACUACUGGGAAAGUGGCAUUCCUGUUUCUGAGGAACAAGAAAAGGAUAGUAAUGAAGUGAAAAUUCUUAGUGACGAGGAAAUACGAGGAGUACGAGAAGCUUGUCGAGUGGCAAGAGAGGUGUUGGAUGAAGGAGUGCGUGCCAUAGGUGUAGGAGUUACAACCGACAAAAUCGACAAAGUCAUACACAAGGCCUGUAUUGAACACAAUGCAUAUCCUUCUCCUUUGAAUUACUAUGGAUUUCCAAAGUCAGUUUGUACUUCGGUCAAUGAAGUUAUAUGUCAUGGUAUACCUGAUGACAGACCUCUUCAAGAUGGCGAUAUUGUCAAUUUAGAUGUCACAGUUUAUUACAAUGGUUUUCAUGGAGAUUUGAAUGAAACUCAUAUCGUUGGAAAUGUAGAUGAAGAAAGUAAGAAACUCAUAAAAAGUGCAUAUGAUUCGCUUCAUGCAGCCAUUGCUUGUGUGAAACCUGGAGUCCUAUAUAGAGAAUUUGGCAAUGUAAUAGAUCGAGUUGCACAAAGCAAUGGACAUCAAGUAGUGAGAACAUACUGUGGCCAUGGUAUUCAUCGACUCUUUCAUACGGCUCCAAAUAUUCCACAUUAUCGAAAGAAUAAGGCAAUGGGAGUCUGUAAGCCAAGUCAAGUAUUCACUAUUGAACCUAUGAUUAAUCAAGGAACUUACCGAGAUAUAACGUGGCCAGAUGGAUGGACAGCUGUAACUGCUGAUGGAAAGUGCUCGGCUCAAUUUGAGCAUACUUUGCUAGUAACAGAAAAUUCUGUUGAAAUUCUAACGGCACGUUUACCAACCUCACCAAAGCUUUGGUGGGAGUAAAGUUCUUUGAUGAGAUCAUUUUUGUUUUUGAGUUGAAAGUGCUCUGUU